AUGUCCGAAAUCACAUUAGGAAGAUACCUUUUCGAGAGAUUGCAUCAAUUAGAAGUCGAUACCAUUUUUGGUGUCCCCGGCGACUUCAAUUUAUCACUUUUAGACAAGAUUUAUGAAAUUGAUGGUAUGAGAUGGGCAGGUAAUGCCAAUGAAUUGAAUGCCGGUUAUGCAGCCGAUGGUUACUCCAGGGUGAAAGGAAUGGGUGCCAUUGUUUCGACAUUUGGUGUUGGUGAAUUAUCCUUGACCAAUGCUAUUGCCGGUUCAUUUGCCGAACAUUGUGCUAUAUUGAACGUUGUUGGUGUUCCUUCAGUUAGUGCCCAAGCAAAACAAUUGUUGUUGCAUCAUACUUUGGGUAAUGGUGAUUUCACGGUUUUCCACAGAAUGUUCAAAAACAUUAGUCACUCAAGUGCUUUCAUAUCUGACAUCAACAGUGCACCAAAUGAAAUUGACAGGUGUAUCAGAGAUGCUUAUGUUUAUCAAAGACCAGUGUAUGUUGGCUUGCCAUCCAAUUUGGUUGAUUUGAUGGUCCCAAGUUCAUUGUUGGAGACCCCAAUUGACUUGUCGUUGAAACCAAAUGAUCCGGAAGCACAAGAGGAGGUGAUUGAAACCGUUGAGAGACUCAUCAAGGAGGCCAGGAACCCAAUCAUUCUUGUUGAUGCUUGUGCUUCAAGACAUUCUUGUAAGCCAGAAGUUGCCAAAUUGGUUGACGUAACUCAAUUCCCGGUGUUUACCACCCCUAUGGGUAAGUCUGGUAUUAAUGAAUCACAUCCAAGAUUUGGUGGUGUUUACGUUGGUUCUUUAUCGCGCCCAGAUGUCAAGGAGGCGGUGGAAAGUGCUGAUUUGGUUUUAUCAAUUGGUGCAUUGUUGUCCGAUUUCAAUACUGGUUCGUUCUCCUAUGGAUACAAGACAAAGAAUGUUGUUGAGUUCCACUCCGAUUACACCAAGAUUAGACAAGCUACUUUUCCCGGUGUGCAAAUGAAGGAAGCUUUGCAAAAAUUGUUGCAAACAGUUUCGUCUUCAAUCAGUCCAUCAUACACGCCAUCACCUGUACCACAGCAAAAGUUGGUCAACUCUCCUGCUCCACCAGAAACACCAUUAACUCAAGAAUACUUGUGGACUAAAGUUAGCUCUUGGUUCAGAGAGGGAGAUAUCAUUGUCACUGAGACUGGUACUUCGGCGUUCGGUAUUGUUCAGUCACGUUUUCCAAACAAUACCAUUGGUAUUUCACAAGUGCUUUGGGGCUCUAUUGGCUACACAGUGGGUGCCACAUGCGGGGCAGCUAUGGCUGGACAAGAAAUUGAUCCAAAUAGAAGAGUUAUUUUGUUUGUUGGUGAUGGUUCAUUGCAGUUGACAGUACAGGAAAUCUCCACCAUGUGUAGGUGGAAUUGUAAUAACACCUAUUUGUUUGUUUUGAACAAUGAUGGUUAUACUAUUGAGCGUUUGAUUCAUGGAGAAAAUGCCACAUAUAAUGAUAUUCAACCUUGGAACAAUUUACAGCUUUUGCCCUUGUUCAAUGCUAAAGACUAUGAAACAAAGAGGAUUGGUACUGUUGGCGAGUUGAAUGAUUUAUUCCAGGACAAGGCGUUUGCUAAGCCAGAUAAGAUUAGAAUGGUGGAGGUGAUGUUGGCGAGAAUGGAUGCACCUGCUAACUUGGUCGCUCAAGCCAAGUUGUCAGAGAAAACCAACGCCGAAGCAAAUUAG